AUGACAAUUGGACACUACUGCCUCAUCUGGGCAACUUGCCUCUUGAGCUUGCUGCGCCAAGGACACUCGGAUGAUCGGUAUUAUGGUGGUCGACGUCGUCCCCGAGAUCCCCCUUGGACGUACGGAAAAGGGUCAACGGCUCAAUGGAAACGACACUUGCAAUCCCUGGGCAGUGUAGUCUUUCAGCCGCAAAAACCAUUGGGAGAUGACUCGUGUCCCUGUUUGACACCGGACCAAAUGGCUCAUGCGAGACGGGAAGUCCUUCGCAACAGCAACAACCAUAAUACGUCCAUGUCCAACAACAACAACAACAACAACAACAACACGGACGACUUGUUGUACGAUCCCUACGGCAUUGGCUGUGGCGCUCACGAUGAAACGGGUCCCUUCUGCAUUGACCUCAAAGACUGCACGCGUCAAAUUCCCGUCGAUCCGCUCUGCGACUACUCGUGGUGUUCCCGUUCGUGGUGUUACGUCAAUGGCUCCAACUGUCUCGUCCGCGAUACGCCCAGUUCCCAAUGGCCCAAUGUGUCCUACAGUUAUGCCGCCUGUGGACACAUGGCGGAAAAAUCAUUUUUCGAUCACAAGGAAUUGCUCGUCAAUACGACGCUGCGGGUGGCAAUCAAUCACAAUACGGGAGGAUGGAAAGGUGCCUAUCACGAAUCCAAACAAUCCUUUUCGAUGGAUGCCAGUGGAUGGUCCGGACCCAUCUAUGAGUUUCUGACAACCGCCGCGGCCCGAGGAGGAUUCACACUCAAUUUGACACAACCACCACCAUGGUUGCUCCCCGAAUCGCAAAAGUUUUUUGGCAAAUCCAGUUUUGAUUACUGUGUCUACGCUACCGCAUUGGGAUAUUUGGAUUUGUGCAUUGCCGAUUACACCAUUACAUUGCAACGAUCCUCUGUCACGCCCUUUUUUGAAACGUCCGUGGGAGAAAUCUAUUUGGUGGUGUUUUCCGAUACCGAACGAUUGUCGUUUUCCUAUUUGGCGAAACGAUUUGCACUGGUCUUUGAACCCUUUACGGCCGGCUCUUGGGUCACCAUUUUUUGUAUCAUGCUGCCCAUUCUGGGACUCGUCAUGUUUUUUCACGAAUACGACAACCCCGGAUCGGCAUUUCCCAAACAAUAUACGACGCAAGUACAUGACAUUGCUACGGGUCAAGUGGUGCGCCACGAGACAGUGCACAUGUCGUGGACGACCCGCAUUGCCAAAACGCUGUACAUGGCACUAUUGAGUUUUUUUGCUCAAGAUUAUGCCACCUUUGUCGUUAGUGUCGGUGGCAAAGUUCAUUUGUUGGCGCUCUUGACAUUUCUGUGGUUGGUGUCCACCGUCUACACGGCCAAUUUGGCUGCCAUUUUGACCAUGAAUAUACAACGCAGUCACGUCAAUAGUUUGGCACAAGCCCGACAGGCGGGAUAUCGAUUUUGUGCCACACGACAAGUGGCCGAAGUCAUUGCGCCGUUGCACAAUAUGGAUCCGUCAGAGAUCGUGGCCGACCCCGUCAGUCUGGGAGGAGACGGAUUGCCGGGUUUCCAGUGUCCCAAUUGCAUGUCGCGGUCGCGGGCAUUGGACUUUAUGAAAUCACCACAGCAACAACAAUUUGCUCAUACUAGCAACACUGAUGAACACGAUGAACAGUUGUACUGCGAUGCAGCCUUUGUGUCCAAGGAAGAUUUGGAUGCCGUGCACAACAUGGGCAAACAUUGCAACAAGACGUACGUGGGACAACCACUGGCGUUUGAAUCCAACGGAAUACCCAUGUAUUCCGAACUUGCCGCCAAAAUGACACCCUUUCUCUACAGUCUCAAAUUCGAUGGGACGUUACACAAAAUCUAUCAAAAUGCGGAACCCGAACAGGAAUGCGAUGCCGUCGAGGGUGCCGGUGGCGAUGACCCGAGUUUGACUGUGGAGCAACUCAUUGGCAUUUGGGGUCUGACAUUUGCCUUCGUCGUGGCCGGACUGGUGUCCAAGGGGGUGAUUUAUCUCGACAAGCGUCGCCGGAAACAAAAUACGGGUGAAGUGGUGCGAAAGGAAUACUACUUUGAUCAGUGGGGAAAUAUUGUGGAGAAUCCCAACGUGGCCGAUAAUGAAGACGACGACGACGGUGAGGACGACGAUGGUGAGGACGACGAUGCGAAACCGCAAAAAGAGACAUAUGCAAGUAGUAGCGACGACCAGCAAGGCUCCACCGCGACCUUCAUGUCGACGACAUACUUCGCAACCGAGCCGGAACCUCCAGUGCGACUGGUGAACAGACGGCAACAAAAGCCAGGGGGCGGAUUGGGAUACUUGCGCGAAGACACAGCGAGUACGUCGGAUGUUUCGAUCUAG